AUGAAGGAUAACACAGAAGUAACAAAUGUUGCUGAUAUAUUAGAAAAAUUUGGUAAAUACCAAAUUUUACAGUAUUUUUACGCCAGUUUACCGGCUCUUGUUGUGGCUAUGAUCAAUGUUAAUUAUAUAUUUGUGGCUGGUGAAGUGAAUUAUAGAUGUCGUGUACCAGAAUGUGAUACAUUAAAUUCAACAUACAAUGUAACGUGGUGGCCAGGGAGUGUUGAUGAAUGCUCUAAACCUGUCUUCAACCAGACCUUGGACAAAGGAUUAUGUACCAACGAUAGUUUUGCUGGAUCCAGAGAAAAAUGUACGGACUGGAUAUACGAGAACCAUGACACUAUUAUAUCAGAGUUUGAUUUAGCGUGUCAGCCAUGGAAGAGGACGAUGGUUGGCACCAUUCAUAACAUCGGGAUGGCUUUAGCUGAAAUGGCUGCCGGAUGGUUAGCAGACAUUUAUGGCCGUAAAUUUACAACUGUUAUUUGUGCGGUCGGAUGCAUUAUAGGGAAUUUCAAAACCCUCGCUCCGAAUUACACUACAUAUGUAAGCAUUGAAUUUAUAGAAGCACUUAUUUGUGGAGGAGUUUACACGGCCGGGGGUGUCUUAAUGCUGGAAAUAGCGGGUAGUAAUCAGAGAUUGCUGGCUGGAGUAGUUUUUGCUUAUGCGGUCUACAUGGGAGAAGCUAUAUUCGCAUUAAUCGGAAUGGCAGUACCAUAUUGGAAAUCACUUAUCCAGAUAAUCUGCACGCCCUCUCUACUAUUCUUCUUUUACUUCAUAUCGAUACACGAAAGUCCGAGGUGGCUCAUUAUUAAAGACAGAAUUGACGAAGCCAGAGAAAUAUUGAAGAAUAUGGUGAAGGCGAACAAAUUGAAUGUUGAUAUGGAAGAAUUAAAUAAUAUUGACAACGAAAAACUUAAAGCUCUGUAUAGUUAUGGGGACUCAACAAAGAAACAGGGCUUGAAACAGAUAUAUCAGUGUAAAAAGUUAUUGCUGUGGGUGUUAGUCUCAUCGUUCUGCAGAUUUACUGUCAGUUUCGUUUAUUAUGGACUGCUCAUUAACUCUGUAGAGUUGCCUGGCGAUAAAUACACAAACUUUUUAUUAGCAGCCGUCAUGUCAUUUCCAGGAGAACUAAUAUCACUGUUCCUCAUGAACAGAAUUGGUAGAAAGUUACCGUUAAUCAUCGGCUUUCUUUUAUGUGGAAUAUCAUGUGUUGCUUCGGGAUACGUAUCAAAUGAGUACGCCUGGCUGAAAAUCUGCCUAUUCCUAGUAGGAAAGUUGGUAACAGCGGCCUGUUUCACUGGCACCUUAACCUAUUCCAUGGAACUUUUCCCCACGAGUGUAAGAGGAUCGCUGAUUGGUUUAUCUACCCUUGCAUCCUGUCUCGGAAAUAUGUUAGCACCACUUACCCCACUCUUGACUCCGAUGUUGUCAUCAAUACUAUUCGCCAGUUCAGCAGUUAUAUCCAGUGUACUCCUCAUUUUCACUCCGGAGACGAAAGACGCUCCUCUCGUAGACACCAUAGAACAAAUUAAUGAUAAAUCAUUGAGCGACAGAAGAAAACAGAAUGAAAAUAGUAAAGAUAACCCAGAAUCUAUGAAUACGAGGUUUUGA